GAACGAUAUUUAUUGGGAGAGUGUUUAUUUAAUAUACAGUAGUUAUUAUGAACAAUCUUGCGAAUUAGGUUUAUCAUCUUCUGUCAUCAUGGUAUCCAGACUGUUUAGUGGUGCUGAGCAUGCAGCUUUGUAUUCACAUUUUAGGCCUUCACCACCUAAAGAACUUGUUUCCAGGAUUAUUUCAUAUGUUAAAGAGAAGAUAAGACCUCCUUUAAGUCAUGCAUUAGAUGUCGGUUGUGGAUCAGGCCAAAGUACGAGAGUCCUAACUCCAUAUUUUGAGAAAGUUACUGGCAUUGAUACUAGUGUUGCUCAAAUAGACGAAGCUGUGAAGAAGGAGAAAUCAAAUAAAAGUGAAUAUAAGGUAGCUUAUGCAGAAAAUGUUCCCUUACGUAAUGAAUCAGUCCAACUGGUAUCUGCCAGUCAAUGUGCUCAUUGGUUGAAUCUAGAUGUGUUCUUCAAGGAAGUCCACAGGCUCUUAGUGCCUGGUGGAGUUGUGGCAUUGUAUGGCUACCUGUUUACUGAGCCUGUUGUACAAGGGAAACAAGAAGCUGUGCAUAGCUUAUUGUGGGACUGGUUAUAUCGAGAGCAGCUGUCACAGGGUUACUGGGCUCCUCAGCGUGUUUUGUUAGAUAACUGUUUUCGAGAUAUUAUUCUUCCCUUCUCAGACACUGUCAGGGUUGAAGACAUCAUCCUGAAACGACGUGAUUUGUUUUCCAACUACCUGGGCUACAUUAUCACAUGGUCAGGCUUUAGAGAACUUCAGAAACAAAAACCAGAACUUGCACCACAAAUUUUACAAGAAUUUGAAUCAAGGUUGUUGCAUAUACUUCAACUAUCAGGCUCUCAAGUUUCAUAUUAUGAGAGUACGCUACUAAGCUCUCAAGUUUCAUAUUAUGAGAGUACGCUACUAAGCUCUCAAGUUUCAUAUUAUGAGAGUACGCUUCCAGGAUCUCAGGUUUCGUAUCAUGAGAGUACACUACUAGGCUCUCAUUUGGCUACAAGCACACGUUCCAUUUCCAGAGCCUCCCUCUGUGACUGAUUAUGGUUGGGUACUUGAA